AGAGGAGGAGGAGGAGAGGAGGAAGAAGGAGGAAGGGAAGGAGAGGAGGAAGAAGGAGGAAGAAGAAGGAGGAAAGAGAGGAGGAGGAGGAGAGGAGGAAGAAGGAGGAAGGGAAGGAGAGGAGGAAGAAGGAGGGAGAGAAGGAGGAGGAGGAAGAAGGAGGAAGAGAAGAAGGAGGAGGAAGAAGGAGGAAGGAGGAAGAAGAAGGAGGAGGAGGAGGCGCUCCGGUCGUCGUUGUCACGUUCCCGAUGUUUCCGUAUCACUAGGUAUGCCAUACCGUCGUCGUCGUAGUAUUACUAAUGGUUGCGGUAGUAGUAGUGGUAAAGUAGUUGUGGUGGUAGUCAAAGUAGUCGUAGGAGUGGUUGUGAUAUUGUUAUAUAUAUGCGGUUGGAUAUAAUCUUGUGGAUGUCGGCCAUCGUGCCGUUCAUAUAUAUGUGCAUGUCGGCUAUCGUGCCGUUGGUUUUGUUGCAGGUUUUGGAAACCUCACCGUGCAGGGGAGGUGCUGCCGAAAUUUUGUAUUAACAGUUUUAUAUUUCUUUUUUGGCAGAGAAGAGCCAGUCGGAGCGGCGCCGGAGUACCUCGGCGACCCCGAUCGCCUUCCUUGGCGCUGCGAGACUGCCUGCACCACGUCGCCUGACUCCACCGCCACCCUAGAGGAUGGAGGACCGUGAGUGGAUGUACACGGGCCGCGCAAGUCAGGGUCAGGUCACCAAUGAAUGGAUCGACAAGACCGAUGCUUUCUUGGAACGGGCAUUUGGCGUGGCUGCUAAAGGAGCGAGUAAAAUUUGCUGUCCCUGCAGCAAAUGUGCAAACAGGAAAAGACAAACGAAGAAGGUAAUGGGGGAACAUCUUUGGAAGAAUGGAUUUACGGCAGACUAUACCCGGUGGGUCUACCAUGGUGAAGCCGAUCGUACGAGAGAGGAGGUGGUGAGGCCACGCGUCGAGGAUUAUGAUGCUGAGGCCGGGGUAGCAAACAUGUUAAAUGACUAUCACGAGGCACAGUUCGCUGAAGGACGUACGGAGGAGGAGCCAGAGGCAACCGCAAAGGCGUUUUACGACAUGUUUGCCGCGGCACAGAAACCCCUUCACGGCCAGACAAAGGUUUCUCAACUGGAUGCCAUUGGACGCAUAAUGGCGUUGAAGUCCCAGUAUAGCCUGAGUCGAGACGCCUUCGAUGGUAUGUUGACAGUUAUUGGCAGCCUGCUUCCGGAGGGUCACCUUCUGCCAAAGAGCAUGCACGAGUCACAGAAACUCCUUCGUGCACUUAAGAUGCCGUAUGAGCAGAUACAUGCUUGCCCGAAGGGGUGCGUCCUAUUUAGGAAAGAAUACGUGGAAGCAAAGUACUGUCCAAAGUGUAAAUCAUCUAGGUUCCUGGAGGUAGAUUCUGGUGAUGGCCAGAAGAGGCAGCUUGACAUUCCCGUGACAAUCCUACGGCACCUUCCGUUCAUACCGAGGAUCCAACGGCUAUACAUGACCGAGGAAUCCGCGAAACAGAUGACAUGGCACAAAAAUGGCAAACGAUACAAUCCUGACAGGAUGGUACAUGCAUCCGAUGGUGAAGCAUGGACCCACUUCGAUGGCAUUCAUCAUGAGAAAGCUAAAGAGGCUCGUAAUGUACGUGUUGCGCUGGCAACAGAUGGGUUCAAUCCUUAUGGAAUGAUGGCUGCCCCAUACACAUGUUGGCCCGUGUUCGUUAUCCCCCUCAAUCUCCCCCCCGGCAUAUGCUUUCAACGACAGAACGUAUUCUUGUCGUUGAUAAUUCCUGGACACCCGGGGAAUAAUAUGGGUGUGUUCAUGGAGCCUGUGAUUGAUGAAUUGGUCCGUGCUUGGGAGGAAGGGGUAUGGACAUACGACCGAGCUACAAAGAAAAACUUCAAAAUGCAUGUUUGGUACCACUACUCCCUGCAUGACUUCCUGGCGUAUGGGAUAUUCUGCGCCUGGUGUGUUCACGGGAAGUUCCCAUGCCCAGUAUGCAAGGAAGGUCUGAGGUUCAUUUGGUUGCAGAAGGGUGGCAAGUAUUCAUCGUUCGACAAACAUCGGCAAUUCCUCCCUCUUGACCAUGCAUUCAGACGAGACAUCAAGAACUUUACGAAAGGUGUCGUAGUGACAGACCCUGCACCACCGAUAAUGACUGGUGCCACGGUUCGUGAACAGAUAGAUGGUCUCGUGGUCAAUCCAGAAGGUGGUUUUGUGGGAUAUGGUGAGCAACAUAUGUGGACUCAUAAGUCGGGCUUGACUCGGCUCCCCUAUUUUGAUGACCUUCUUCUUCCACACAACAUUGAUGUAAUGCACACUGAAAAGAAUGUUGCCGAGGCACUUUGGGCAACAAUCAUGGACAUUCCUGACAAGUCAAAGGACAACGUUAAGGCUAGAGUGGAUCUGGCAACGAUAUGCGAUAGACCAAACCAACAUAUGAAGCCUCCUAGUCGCGGCAAGACAUGGAGAAGGCCUAAGGCCGAUUUUGUCUUGAGCAAGCCUCAAAGGAGGGAAGUACUAGAAUGGAUCCAGACGUUAAUGUUCCCUGAUGGGUAUGCAGCUAAUCUGAGGAGGGGAGUGAACUUAUCUACUAUGCGAGUCUUAGGGAUGAAGAGUCAUGACUACCACAUAUGGAUUGAGCGGCUUCUUCCGGCGAUGGUUCGGGGCUAUGUCCCUGAGCAUGUCUGGCUAGUGCUAGCAGAGUUGAGCUAUUUCUUUCGCCAGCUUUGUGCCAAGGAGUUAUCUCGGACCGUGAUUGCUGACUUGGAAAGAAUGGCACCUGUGUUGCUCUGUAAGUUGGAGAAGAUCUUUCCACCCGGCUUCUUCAAUCCGAUGCAGCAUUUGAUUUUGCACCUCCCGUACGAGGCACGAAUGGGGGGGCCCGUGCAGGGCCGUUGGUGCUAUCCAAUCGAGAGAUGUCUAAAGGUUCUUCGAAAGAAAUGUAGAAAUAAAUGCAAAAUCGAGGCUUCCAUUGCAGAGGCAUACAUUCUGGAGGAGGUGGCGAACUUCACAACAACAUACUAUGGUGACAACCUCCCUAGCGUGCAUAAUCCACCCCCUCGUUACAAUGCUGGCGAAAAUGAAUCGAACCUCAGCCUUUUCCGAGGCCAACUCGGAAGCGCAAGUGCAUCGACCCCCAAGACCUUGAAUCAUGAAGAGUGGCGCCAUAUCAUGCUAUACGUGUUGACCAACCUUGACGAAGUGGCACCGUACAUGCAGUAAGUUCUCAACGAACUUGUUAAAUACGCCAUCACUAUUCUGCAUCCAACCCCCUUGUUUCUCGUUGGUACAGGGAAUUUCUUCAUGAAUUCUGGCGUCAAUCAAGGGAUCCUACCCCGCAGCAGGUAGAUACCCUUCUUAGACAGGGUGCGGGAAAUGGAAUGCCCGAUUUCAUUUCUUGGUUCAAACGGAAGGUACCGUCCAAUUUAGCUCGUACGUAGUUUGACAUUCCAAGUUACUCGUACGUGCGAAUAAUAUAACGAUGUAUCCUGCUUGAGCUUGCAGGGCCAGAGGG